CACCUCCCAAUCCUCUCAAACCUCAAUUGCUGCGAGUUUCAGAUUCCACAUCUCAGCGCGGACGCGUGGGCACACGUGUCACAGGUCUCCGCCUGUGUGGAUACCACGGCGCAUGCCACGCGCAUGAGCCUCAGGGCUGAGGCCUUGCCACAGAUCUGCGGCUGCUAUUAGACAGACAUAGUCCUCAACGCUGCGGCUGUCUAGCCUGCUGGCUUGGGCCGGCAGCAGGGCCACUCCUGUGACGGCGCUGCGUCAACGCUUGCAUCCUGCAGCGCCAGCGUGGCCCUGCUCCGGCACCCCCGAGCUCAGGACUGGUACUGUGCACAGCUGCAGCGUGGGGCGCUUUCUUACGGUGCUGUCGAGACGGCAGAACAUGUCAUCUCUGCAGCUGAGCAGCUCUUUGCCUGCAGUGUGCAAGACCGGAAUGAUGAUAGCUCCGGCUCCUGAACCGCAGCCGUCGGCAGAGGCCCAGUAUGGGGCCGAGGCGACAGAGGCAGCCGCCGAAUGCCGUGGCAUUGCACAGCGCAAGCGAGGGCGCAGUACACGGGCAGCUGUGGAAGUAGCUGUGAGCGGCACGGUUGCGGGGGAAGCGGCGGAGCAGGAGCAGGAGGCGGCGCUGGUCAGCCGCCCCACUCGCCGCGCCAAGCAGGCGGCGGCCAGCGCCAUUGCUGCCACAGCCGUUAAGGAGGCGUCUACUCGCCGGACGCGCGCUUCGGCUGCGGCUGUUGCCGCCGUGAAGAGGGAGGUUGACGAGGACGCAAGCGAGGGGGAAGCGGAGAGGGAGGAGGACCACGAUGAAGGCAAGGCUAAGCCCAAGGCCUCUGCGAAGCCGCGGGCGCGAGCACCGCCCCGCAAAAAGGUGCAGGGGCAGCAGCAGCAGCAGCAGCAGCAGCAGCAGCAGCAGCAGCAGCAGCAGCAGCUGGCGGAGGAUGAGGGUGCUGAGUUCGAAAAGGAAGCCGCGGAGCCGGCCCACACUCCCUCCAAGCCCCCGGCUCCCAAGCGGGCCAGGGGCGGUGGCGCAGGCAAAGCUGCGGUGGCGAAGAGCCCCGGCAAGGCGGCUGCGGCUGUGCAGCUUCUGGACGAGGCCGAGGCGGCGACGCUGGCAGCCGCACCGCUGCUGGACCUGGGACAGCUGGUGGCGGGCAAGCUCAUCCGGCGGCCCUCUGCCUCGGUCAAGACGCCGUACGUCGCUGACAUCCAGUUGCUGCCGCCGCCACCUCCGUCUGCACACCCCGACGGUGAAGCCGGCAAGGACGCCGCCGCUGCUGGCGCAGGCGUAACCGAGCACGGGCGUGUUGGUGAGCUGGUGCUGGCCCACGCACCCGCCAUGGACUGUGCGGGCAUGGUCACCCCCGGGGCCACAGUCUACAUGAGCAAGUCCGCGCCGAGGGCGCCUGGCGUGCCGCCUGCCGCCACCUCGCACGCCAUCCAGUUGGUGGAGGAUCAGCGCCCCAGCGGCACCGCGGCGGUCGUGGGCUACCACCCGCAGUUGGCGGAGCGGUUGGCUGCGGAGCUGGUGCGGAGGCGGCUGCUGGAGGCGGCACUGGGGGCGGGGCGGGUGGUGGGGCUGGAGAGCCAGCGCACCUUUGGCAACACGCGCGUGGACUACGUGCUGAGAAUGGAGGACGGCAGCAGGAUGCUGCUGGAGGUGAAGAACGUGGUGUGUGCGGAUUUCCCGGACGUGCCGGGCGGCGUGCCUCCAGGCCGGCCGGCUGUGGGCGUGUACAAGGUGCCCGUGCCCAGCGGCUGCCUGGACGACUACAGCCCCACAGCGCUGUUCCCGCACGGCGCCCAGAAGCCCAAGAUAAAGGUGGUGUCGGAUCGCGCCAUCAAGCACGUCACGGAGCUCACCGCACUGCACAAACAUGGCCGCGAGCUGCCGGAGGCCGGCGACGACAGCGGCAGCAGCAGCGGCCAGGGCAAGGGCGAGGGCGAGGGCAGUGCUGGGGAGGGCCGGCUGCGGUGUGCUGUGCUGUUCCUCGUGAACCGGUCUGACUGCGCCGCGUUCCGGCCCUGCCACGAGGCGGACCCGCUGUUCGCGCAGGUGCUCAAGGCGGCGGAGGAGGCGGGCGUGAAGCUGGUCGCCUACGACGUGGUGUGGCGUGGCGGCGCGGCGUACGCGGGCCGCCACCUACCGGUCGUGUUCGGGCCGGGUGUCACCUCGGCCUACGACCCGGCGCGGCUGGCUGAGGUGCUGCACUUCAACGCCACCGACCCCCGGAAGAACUGGAAGAGCACCAAAGCCAAGGCGGCAGGGAAGGCGGAGGCGGCUGUGAAGGGCGGCAAGGCGGCUGGGGGUGCCAAGGCCGCCAGCAGGCGUGGCGGCAAGAAGGCGAAGAAGGGGGAGAGCGUGAGCGACGAGGAUUCGGAGUAGGUGAGGGAGAAGCAACGAGCGGAGGGGAUGGAUAAGUGCGCAGGUAGAUAGCCAGAGUCGAGGCAAGAGCGAGCAAGAAAGGAGUGACAUCCGUGAGCCUGUUGCAGUGCGAGGGGCGCAACUCCGGCGAGUAUGGCAAGGAGUCAAAGAGGGAGGCAGAGAGCUGAGUAGAGGGGUGACUUUGUACCGUAUGUGAGUUUCGUUCCGAGACGGGGAGGACGGCGAGAGGGCCAGGCGGCCAUGGCGAGGAUGUUCAGGGGGUGACCGUGAUGGAACAUGGCAAGGGGCAGGAAAGCGUAGCG